CCAGGUGACAUGUUUGUUCUUGAGACUAAUAGUCUGCACAGAGUAAUGGACAGAGUGGGUUUCCUAUCAGAGAAGCCCAGCUGAUCUCCCAAGUUAGGACUGACAGAGGCUAAAAUGACACAGCUACUGCUGCAAUAUUUUGAGAAGCAGCACUGGCAGACAUGCAAGAUGGAGACAGGUCAGAGCGUGGUCUGCCAGGUGAGUCUGAGGUCCUUGCAGUGUCAGGCAGUUACUCCCCAUAACUUCUGUAGUAUGAAGUGCUACUUGACUGUUGCUAAUCCUUCCCACUUCAAGGUAAGAAAAAAGUUGCUUAUGGUGGGAGGGAUGCAAUUUCAAGGCUUAAGACAUCAUUUGGAAGAAGCAAUAAUCUCUUGGUUAUGCUUUAGUGAUGACAUGUUAAAUCAUUCUCAAUCAAUUUUGUCUCUAAAAUAGUAACAAAAUUUCAUCAAGUCAGAACUUAGAUCAGUUCCUAGGCUUGCUUCUAAUGCCUGUUCUCAUUGCAGUUAGAGCUGAGGUCUGUUCUCUUAACGGUCUUCUUGUAUUUUGGACUCCUUUAUUAACAGAUAAGGACAGCUGCCAACUUGUGCAGAUUUUAAAAUAAGUUGUUUCUAGCAAGUUUACAGCUCUUCAGGGAGUUGAAGCUUCUAACCAGCUAUCUCUGGCAACUCUUGACUGCAGGCAUUUAAGAUAUCUGGAACUCACGUGGACUAAAUUGUCUUGCAAAGAUUAGGACGUAAGGAGGUCUCUAAACUUUCUGGCUGGCAAUACUGUAUCUAUUUUACCAGUACCUUUUUGGAUAAAGUGCCUUUCAUAGCUGUGUAAUAUGUGAGGUUCAUUAGUUAUGGGGUAGAAUUCAGCUUUUUUCAGUUAACUCCUAACUCUGGAUACUCUGAAGUAUUUGUGUUCAAAUGUGACAAAACAUAAUUCUUAGUCAGUUGGUUAAUUAUAAAUUCACAUGGCAGCUAAUUACAGGCAAAAUGCUCUGCCUUCCCAGUUUUUGUACAGAACAGCUCUACUUUCUUGAUGAAGUUCAUUGCUCUUACCAGUAUCACACCAAAUGGUAUAAGGAGAGACCAGUAAGACCAAUAAAGACAUUUCUUCCUGAGGUUAAUAUUUAUUUGAAGUAGCAACUCAAGUCUGUUUUGGGAACAUGAGGUUUACAGACACUCUGGAGUCUAGGAAUUUGUUUUUUUGACUUUACUCCAAUGUGCUGAACAAAGAAUAGUGCCUUGACAAACAAAAUUUAUUCCUAUACUCUAGAGGGGACUUAACACUUAACCAGAUAAAACUUAUAUGGCUUCAUAUAGCAGGAGGGAGGAGUGAGAAUAUAAGGCAGUAGCAGGAGAUGAUACAAGAUGGCUUGUACUUAUUUGCAAAUGCUGUUUGGUUUUUAGUCUCACUAGGUUUGUUCUUUCCUGCACCUCUUCAUUUUUGUGUUAUGAAAUCAUUGUUUACUUCCACAGCAGGCUUGGAGAGCGGUCAGAGAUUCCAUCUGUAAAAACAGAUCCAGCUUGCAUUGACAAAUACCUUCCUCUCUUUCUUAACAAUUUUUUCCCCUGCCAUCUGCAAAUGUUUGACUCUGUUUUACUCCUCGUCAUAUGAUUCCUUUGGCAUCUGGUGAAGGUGGUAUAGCCAUACUGAGCACUCCUACAGCAACACCCCGUGGCUGUGCUGGUGUCCACUGAAGGAAUUCUCAGUCAUCAUCCCAGUCUCAGCUCCUCUGCUGCAGUCUUGUAAUAUCCCAGAGCAAUGGGACAUUAAUAACCUCUUUGGUCAGAUUUCAUUGUUAAGUUGACUUUAUAUUCCUCUUGAAGAAUUUUCUGCUUACAGAUACAAAAAUAUGAGUGUAGUUGGUUAUUGAGGUAGUAUCAAGGUAAUGGUAUAGUUUCUUGCUUCCUGGAAAAAUAAAUAAGCCCUCUGGUUCUAAAUACUGCCUAUUUCUAUUCGGUGUCUGCUGGCCAGUGUGAGUGCAAAGCUAAAUUUGAAUAUGGCUUUUUCUUUCCCUUGGAAACAUGCAAAUUUCUCUUAAUGCAGGGGCAGAGGAAGUAUAUUAUCUGCCUCCUAUUUGAUCUGCCUUUGUUUUUAUAGGACUGUAAAUAUUUUACAUUAUUGCUCAGAGGGAAAUUAACAUAAAGGGAAUUGAUGCUGUGCAUGUGAUUUUCUUCCCCUUCUGCACCUUGUUCCUCUACAGCUAGCUACACUAUGCCUUUUCCAACCCUACUUGUAUUUGCCUACACUUUUAAUGGACAUACCUUUUUCCAACCAGAUCUUUCCUGAAACAGCAAACAUCCAUUUAUCUAUUUUUAUGUAAGUGCUGGAUCUUGCUAGACAAGAGAAGUACAAAAACAAAGACUUGGGCUAGAAGAAAUUGUGUGAGAGUCCUCAGAUAGAGGAAAAAAGCAUACAGCUACAGAAGCUCUCUUUGCCUCACAAUCUGGAUAUAAGUGGAGGUCUGCCAGUACUUUCUGUAGGUGUAGCACAGCAUGUCUGUGAAGAAAUGUGCUCAUGUUCCUUCUUUGAGCUGCCUCAUAACAGUGGUUGGUAUUGUCACCUACUGGAAGAAGGUGUUUGGAGAGGUCUGUCUGCUCUGUUGAAGCCAACUUAAUACUUUCCUUGCUUGCUGGUUUUUGUUUUUCCUCUUCUGAAAGAGCUUUGAAAUUUGCCCAUAUCAAUGAAAAAUUCUUCAGAGCAGGGGAGGGACAGACAGGCUGUGCAAUCAGUUAGGCUGCUCAAUAUCCAGGCUGUUAAACAUCUAAAAUAAAGUUUGCCUGUGGAAAGAAUGAUUGUCUUAAUUCUGCUUGCACAAUCCUGGUUGGGACACUUCCACACUGCUGUCAAGCAGUUGAAAAUGCUUCAUGUCAUACAGGACACUUCCCCCCACCACCCCAAAAAUCUAAACAGGUAAAUGAAGGCUAACUUCACUAACAUACUCUUUGCUAUGUAAUAAAUUGCUUGAAGAUAGGAAACACUAAGCAUUAAAUCACAACAAAUGACUGUGAAAAACACAUUUCAUAGACAUGGGUUUUUGCUUGGGUGAUGUCCUCUGUAGAAAAACUAGACAGUUUUAAGGUAUUUUUUUCCCUCCUUCCUGGUGAUCCUUUCCCAGAAUCAAACUUCAAAAUAUAUGGAAAUGUUUUAUCAUACUGUCAGUGCAUAUACUUGAAGCUGAUAGCUGGAUAGCAAUGUAAAAAGAUUAACUUAACAUUCAGAAUGCUUGUUUCUUUCCAGUGAAGGUAUUUUUGAAAGGCUGAUCAUUGAAUACAGUCAAUGCCACAACCAUCUAGAAACAGUGCUGCAUGUUCUAAUGUCCCUUUUGUGGAUGUGUGCAACUGAGAAGUGUGGUUUGGUUUAGUCAGCUUAUUCCUUUUUUGGACCCUUAAAUAUAUGGGCAGUCAUAUGUGCAUUUAAAUGAAGACUUUCUUGAAAGUUAGAUUAUAAUUCCAUAGUGUGUUGUGGCUUCUGUCUAAGUAACAAAUACUGUGAGUUUCUAACUUUUUGGCUGGUGCCUUUAAGUGGUAAAAAAAAAAAAAAUCAUCCCAUUAACUUUCUACAAAUAAUUAUCCUUAAUGAAGCCUCAGUACAAAAUUGAAGUUACAUGUACUGUAUUCAUACAGGAGCAACUUGAUCAUUCUGGUUUUACUAGAAGAAACACUGGUUACUCUUUAAUUAGACAGCAUUCAACUCACUGUCCCUCUCUCCCAACUUCUUUUUGGUGGAGGAAUAAGUGAAAAUCAUAUAUAGGGGCAAAGGGUGGAUGGUGUCUGUAGAAUUUAUGUAUUAGUUUUUGGUUGUGAUCCAUGCAUAUUAUCAUGUUCCCAGUGCCAGUUGAAACUUGGUGAUUUUGUAAUUGUAGCAUACCUAUAUCUGUCUCAGAAACAGAGUUUGAAGAGCUGCUUGGACAGAAGGGGGUAGAUGGUAGCAUAUAAAGAGCUAUUUCUUCAUAGCCCUUUGUCUUUCUGGCAGCCUCCACUGCUAGUUUAAUUUAUGUAAGUGAAUGCAGAGAAAGAAAAGUUGUAAAACUGCUUGCUUACAGAGAGCAUAAUUCAAAUGGUGUCAUGAGAAUUACAAUUUAGUAUUUGAUGUAGUGCAUCCAUCUGAGAGAAAAACUACUCAAAAAAGCCAUUUUUCACCAUCUUAGGUUUCAGAUGCAAAUACGCCCUGCCUGCUGACGACUAACGUUUUGUUAGCUGUCUUUGUAAUUUGAAUGUCACAGGCAAGCUGUGGAUGGCCCUAAUGACAUGAUAUUUUCUAAGGGUCCUUAGUUGACCAUCAAGAAUCUCUAUGAGAAGGCUGCUUAGUGCUCCCUGUAUGAGCAUGACAGACAUUACUUUCUCUAGGAAUUACCCCAAUGCUUUCUUUCAGUAUUCAGCAGUUAAAAGGAUCCACUCCAGAGUAAGCCCCUGCAAGUGGCUGUGACGUAUAGCUUUAAUAAUUAGACCUGACAUUCAUUUUGUUCUUCUCAUCUGACACUUCAGUAGCAGUUACUUAAUUUAACACUAAGUGGCAGGGGUUUUUUACAUAGUACUGUAGGGGCAACUGAGAAAAUGAAACUGCCUUUAACCCUCAGAGUAGAAGGAAGUUACACAGCCAGCCUGGUCAUUAGGAGCCUAACAGUCAUAUUAAUGAAUCAGUAAAGAAUUGAAAUAAACACAACUUGUGUAAAUGGGUUAUCUCCAGAGCCUGUUGUCCUGUAGGGAAGAAGUGAAGCUUCAUACUCUGCCUCAAGAGACAGGGCUGAGCCAGGGGUCUGCUGUGAGGAGCUCAACCCUCAUAAGAGAAUAUUCCAUUACCUCUGGUGUGCUUAGAUAUGUGGCAGCUUCCCCUUUGCUUGCACUUCCUCUUUCAGUUGUUUUUGAGAAGACUCUUGAUGCGGUUAAAUAAGAUCUUUAAUGUUAGCCAUAGUUCACAGGAAGGAAUCUGGCCCAAAUUCAUAACACUCAGAAGCAAUUGCAUGGGAAAAUCCAAGAACAAAAGCAAGAUAUGCAGAACCCCCACUCCUCAUAUUGCAAAAGGUAGGGCAACUGAAAUAGCAGAAAAAGUCUGAGGGGCCUCCAUUUGGCCUGCAGCAACAUCCCCAGGUGCUCCUUGAAGGAGGAGUUCCUGCCAGUGCGUCUCGGUCUUAUGGAAAGACGCUUCUGAGGGCAGCAUGCAUCUGUUGAAACAAAGGAUCAAGGACUGAUAAUCAGCAGAAGGACAUCCUCUGUUAUUUAAGAUUUUCCAAAAUUAUUAUUAAAAGUGGAACAAUACUUUGAAGACAAGAGCAUAAAAUAAGUUUAAGUCAAAGGAGAAGUUGCCAUAUUAAGUCUUCUUGCAGAGAAUUGCUCUCAGCACAAGCUAUUAAUUUAUGAGCUGCAUUAAAUACCAUUCUCAAGUUUUACUAUAAAUGAAAGUCCAGAAGACCAGCUAGGUACAGAUGAGCUCUUAAAAUGAUGAGGAUUAAAAGGGCCAUUACCAGGGAGUAGCAGAGUAUAUAUGUGUUACCAAUGAUUUAAUUUUGUGUCUUUGUAUUUGUUACAAAUGGGAAGGAAAUCAAAUCAAUGUCUUUUUCAUCCUGGCAAAUUUGUAGCUUGAUUUGCUAGGAACUUACUAUUUGCUUUUAGAAGCGGUAUACAGAGAAAUGUACUGAAAAAGAGCCCAGUUUACUGGAAAGGGGAAAUAAAACUCGGAGAAAUUCUCAGCCUGGCACAGAAGAAAAUGCCUUGCUCAGCAAUUUAUCUUAAGCACACAAGCUGACACAGUUAGCUAGGAAGAGGAAGUGUCACAGGAUUCCUUGGCACUCCAGAGUUUCUGUAUGCUGGUCCAUUAUGUUUGAUUGUUUAAGCUUCAUAGACCUUAGAAGUAUAGACAACAUAGUCCUGUGCUUUGUAAGGAGUCACAGCUGCCUUCAGAUUAGGUAUGUAUGAAAGGCUAUUAAAUAGCUCAUGGGCUAAGUAAGUGGAAAGUGUGUUGCACUCAUUGUGCUAUUUAUUUCCUGUUUCAUCUAAGGCAAAUCUCUUCUAUGCCUCAGCUUUCCCACUUGCACCAAGUCAUGGGGCUAUUGCAAAUAUAAACCAGAGCUUGUAAAGCUCUAGCGGAAUGAUGGGUGCAUGUGCAUAGCAGUACUCAUAUGCAGAAGCACACUUGUAUAAGCAGAUUUCAUUUAAAGAUGUCCAAUGCCAUGAUUUAACCAAAUUUUAGCAAAGACCUGAGGUGAGUUCUUCUGGUGUUCUGCCUCUGUGUAUUUCUGGUAGGCAGUGUAGGUGAUUGUCCUGGUUUGGCCAAGGACGGGGUAAUCUUUGGCAAUAGCUAAGAGGGGGAGUGGCCAGACCCUAAAGUUAUAUACCAUAUCACCUCAGAUCACUGCCACGGGCAGGUUAAGGGACUCUUUCUUCCAAGAAGAGUGAGAUUUCAGGAUGGGAGAAAGCAUGUGGGGAAGAGCUGGUUGGGAUUCCUCGUGGGCUUUCCAUGUAAAUGAUUUCUAUGUCUUACAUAUUUUGUUAUUAAUAUUGUUGUAGUUACUGUUCAUUUUCUUAUCUCAUUGCUAUUUCCAGUAAAUUGUUCUUACCUCAACCUGAUUUUAACCUUUUGUCCCUCUGAUUCUCCUCUCCAUCCUGCUGGAGUGGGAAGCAGAAGGGGAAGGGGGGGAGUGAAUGGCAAUUUGGUUUGAGAGAGUCUCGGUGAGGGCAUUGAACUGGCGAGUACCAUUCCUAAACCACAGAUGUGUACCAUAAGGAUGUUUACUUCUCUGUUAGUUGUAAGAUUUUGCGUUAAACAUGCUGUUCUAAAUGAGAGAAAGAACAAGAAAUUACAUAUAUAUGAAGUUUUAUCCAACCACAUAAAUUUCUUCAUAUAUAUGUUCAUUCUGCUAGACUUACUGCAUUAGUAGGAUGCAUGUUAGAAAGAAAUAGAAAGAGUAAGCAUAGAAUAUUAUGUCAUUAACUGGAUUUCAAAUAGCCUUGGAAGUAAUUUUGUACAGCCUACUGCUCAGAGCAGGGCUCCUUUCAAAGCUAAAUCCAGCUGCUUGGCUGGGCAAGUUUUGAGUUUGCAACUUAGAUCAGACUUUAUUACUCAGUUUUGAUUAACAUAUCUUUAUGAUGCUAGUUUCUUUUAGCAAUGAGUUGACAAGGCUUUCUGGUACAAAGACACAAAACAAGGUGUUGGUCUUUGAAAAGAGAAAUGGAGUCAAAUGCAUAUGUCAGCCAUCAGGGUCUGCAAUACCCAUGACAGACUCAGAAAAGGUGACGUAACUGAUGAGCUGUGACUACUGGUUAUCAUGGGAUCACAACAAUUUCACUCCCACGAAAGGAAAGUGCAAGGAAAAGAAUACCCUCUUUAAACACCCUCUUUAUCAUUCUAUGGAAUCUGCGAGCAAUUUGGGCAGUCCACCAGUGAUCCAGAAAUCCGAUAAGAGAAUGCAUGUCAUGCUACUUAGUGUGCCAGGAAGGGCUGUUUGGUGCUGUUCCACACCUUCAUCUGUGGCUUCCGUUUUGGCCGGCACCAGUUGCCUGUGUCUGUAGAGCUGCUAAUGUUUAUGAAUGAAACACCACAUACUGUAAGCAAGGCCCAGUGGAAAGCCCAGCAAUAUGAAAUACAGAAAGUAAUGGUUUAUUCUUCUCCUGCUUGUUUCCAGGAAUUGCUGAUGCCAGCUCAAACAGAGCUGAAGAUGAAACCUCCCUCCAAACACAGAGAAAGCAUCUCUCCUGUCCUGCUAGUUACUGACUGCAGCUUUAUACUACACUAACACCAUCUGCAAGAGAAACAAGAGUGACUUUAUGCUGUUUCUCAGCAGCUUUGAAGAGUUUGAAACUGGAAACUCCUUCAUACCCCUGCCCUUUGCUUCCACUGAGCCCAGCAGAACAUUUGAUCUGCACUCCCAGAGUACAUUCAAAGCUUCAGGCACAGACUGAAAUAUUCCGCAGCUCUUAACCAAAUGGAGGUAUUCUAACUGUGAAUAAAAUGAAAUUACUUUUAUUUGCUCACCUUUUGAAAAUAUUUUAAGAGAUACACCAGUGAGUUCCUGCUCUUUAUCUGCAUAUCAAUUAUUCAUUAUUUUCAUUAAAGAAAACCAAGCCCAGGAGGAUGAAAGAAAUCUGUAGUACUCUCUUUCUCUCUGCCCCUCAUACAUUUUUAUUUCAGAUUACUUUUAAUCCAUAUAUAUUUGUAAUAGGAAAAUGUGGGGGUUUCACUAGCAAUAAAACUUUAAGGGAUUUUCCCCCUUACUGAUUUUUCAUAGAUUUAUGGAUCCAUAAUCAUUCACGUCACAGUCUAAGGGAAACGAGGUUUGAACAGGAUAAUAGCGCUUAAAUCCCCUCCUCUAAGCACUCAGAUCUUUGCUGUCAGCAAGAUUAAAACGGUCAACAGCAGUCUUCAUGUGUCUAUAUCCCACACUGAGCUUUCACAACAACUGGAGUGGUGGCUGGCAGGGAGAAAUAUGCAGAACCACUGCUGUGCAUAAUACUUCUGAGAUAAAGAGAGAAGAAAACCAGGUUGCCAGCUUUUGCAGUGUUGAGAAGGACUGGUGUUAACUGCUUGAUCGGGUGAAUGCAAAGAGGGGAGAAGAGUAAGGAGUAAUAUUAUGCUGCAAUUUAACAGUCAGCAAGAGUUUCUUUUCCUAAAGCAUAAAGGCAGAGAGAUGGAAACAGCAAACAUCCUCCUGCAGCCCAGCAAGGGGAAGGAGAAGGAAGUCAUUCAUGUAGACACGCAGAGUGGUUCCUCUGCCACCGCUCCCUUGAACACCCAGCCCCUACUGCAACCAGGACCUGAGGGGAAUUACAACUAUUAUGUGGAUGAUGAAGAUGAGGAAGAUGAAGAGAAAGAACAAGGAAAAUGGCAACAUGAAGAUGAAUUUAAGGGAGAAAGCAAGGCCUCAUCAUUUAUUCCUUGUUCUCCUGCUCUUUCCUCUAGAUCCCCGGCCACAUCAUCUGCUCCAUCCAUACUGAACAUCAAUGUUGGUGGCCAAAGUUACCGCCUCACCUACCAGGCAGUGGCCAUCUACCCCAAGACCCGCCUGGGCCGCCUGGCUACCUCCACUGACCGCCGUUGCCAGCUGGGCCUGUGCGAUGACUACGCUGCCCAGGUUGAUGAGUAUUUCUUUGACCGGGACCCAGCCGUCUUCCAGCUGGUGUACAAUUUCUAUGCCUCGGGAGUGCUGCGGGUGAGGGACGAGCUGUGCCCCCGUAGCUUCCUGGAGGAGCUGAGCUACUGGGGCGUGCGUCUCAAAUACACACCCCGCUGCUGCCGCAUCUGCUUCGAGGAGCGCCGGGACGAGCUAAGUGAGCAGCUGAAGGUCCAGCGGGAGCUGCGCUCCCAGGCAGAGGCUGAGGAGAAUGAGCAGCUUUUCCACCACAUGCGCUACUAUGGCCCCCAGCGCUGGCGCCUCUGGAACCUCAUGGAGAAGCCCUUCUCCUCUGUCACCGCCAAAGUGAUGGCAGUGGCCUCCAGCUUCUUUGUGCUCAUCUCCGUGGUGGCUCUGGCACUCAACACAGUAGAGGAGAUGCAGCAGGUAGAUUGGAAGAGUGGGGAUAGUCGGCCUGUCUUGGAGCAUGUGGAGACCUUGUGCAUUGCAUUCUUCACACUGGAGUACCUGCUGCGCUUGGUCUCUACCCCAGACCUGCGCCGCUUUGCCAGCAGUGCCCUCAAUGCAGUAGACCUCAUUGCCAUCCUGCCCCUCUAUCUGCAGCUACUGCUUGAAUGCUUUACUGAUGAUGACCAGCCCCGGGGUCGGGGCUCCCAACACGAGCACGAUAUUGAGAAGGUGGGACGGGUGAGCAAGGUAGGACAAGUGCUUCGCAUCAUGCGCCUCAUGCGCAUCUUCCGCAUCCUCAAGCUGGCCCGCCACUCCACAGGGCUGCGUGCCUUCGGCUUUACCUUGCGCCAGUGCUACCAGCAGGUGGGCUGCCUUUUGCUCUUCAUUGCUAUGGGCAUCUUUGCCUUCUCUGCCAUGGUCUACACAGUGGAGCACGAUGUCUCCAGUACCAACUUCACCAGCAUUCCCCAUGCUUGGUGGUGGGCUGCCGUCAGCAUCUCUACAGUGGGAUAUGGAGAUAUGUGUCCAGAAACUCACCUUGGACGCCUGUUUGCUUUCCUCUGCAUCGCUUUUGGAAUAAUCCUGAAUGGCAUGCCCAUCUCCAUCCUCUACAAUAAAUUCUCAGACUAUUACAGCAAGCUGAAGGCCUACGAGUAUACAGCUCUCAAGAAAGAAAGAGGGAAGGUUGACUUCACACGGAGAGCCAUGAGGAAAAUAUCUGAGUGCUGUGGAGAAGGUGCAUCCCACCCUUUGCCACAGCAAUGAUAGUUUGGGCUUUGGAUAUUGGGAGGCCACCAAGAAGCUGGAGGAGAAAGAGGAAAAACAAAUCAGCCAAAAAAUAAAUUAAAAGGGCCAAAAGUAACAAAAGUAGGUGGUGAAAUCUGUUUUGAAGGGGGUUGUUAGUUUUCAAAACUAAAAUGGUUCAGAUUAAAACAGAUUUUUUUUGAACUCUGAUAGCCUGUGAGCAGCACGAGUGCUCAUCAACUUUCUGAAAUUAAUUCCUUCAAAUUUAACAUUCAGAAUAAGCCUCACAUUAAGAUCUAAGCCCCUGCUACUGAUUAGAUUGACAAUAAAGACCCACCAUAUUUGUACAAACAGAAAACAAAUUACUGUCACUAAGGGUCUCCCACCUUAUCUCUGUCAAGGCAGUGUCAAAAAUUAAACUAAUAGAAUACUUAAUAUACUGACUGCAUCACUUACAGUGGUUUUGCAUCAGCUUUCAAUUAGAGGAAAAUGGCCUAGAGCACUUACCUAAAUAUUAGAAGCAGCUAUAAUCCCUAAAAUGUCAGCCUCUGUUUCCAUUGCCAGAUAGCUAUUCUUCAUUGUUCUAAUUUUAUUUUUCCAAAGCAGCCCUGCAAAUGAGCCCUCCUAUUUUCAUGCCUAGUCAAGCAAUGCACUGCUUUAGGAUUUUCCUCCAUAAUCAUCUUUCAGUAUAACAAGAACUAGUGAAGAAUUCUGGAGUCCGAGUUGAUAAAUCUCAUUGAUCAAAUUUCCAAACCCAAUCCUUUUUAGGUACAGGAUUAAGUGGUAAUUUAUUCUGCAGUAUAUAAUGUAUCUACUUAUUGGAUUGUUAGAAUAAUAGACCUGUCAAGGAACAUAAGUAUUAAAGAAGUAAUUAUAAAAUAAUCAAAGGAAAUAUGUGAGUAGCAACUCUUAAAGACUAUUCAUACAAAGGAUCUUAUCAGCACUUCACUGUAACCAAUUUUAAAUAUUAUUUAAAAUCAAGAUGAUUUGUCUGGUACAUACAGCCAUUAGGGACAUAAUCCUGACAUUUUAGCUCAUCCCCAGGAGUAGUUUAUGUUCUAAGAUUACUGUGUCUUUUUGCACAGCUGAAUGGGAUUUCUCCUGUGUCUAAACUCAUCCCAAAACUUAAAUAACAAAUAAAACCAACAAUAAUCAGACGGAAUUG